UCCAAGAGGGGAUGGAUGUGGAAUCAAUUCUUUCUGAUGGAGGAAUACACAGGAAACGACCAUCAGUACGUCGGCAAGCUGCACUCCAACAUGGACAAAGACGACGGUACUGUCAAGUAUGUUCUGACGGGAGACGGCGCCGGCACACUUUUCCUGAUUGACGAAAAGUCGGGGGACAUCCACGCCACCAAGAAGCUGGACCGCGAGGAAAAGGCCAUGUACACACUCCACGCCAAAGUACUGGAUCGCAACACUAACGAAGAACUGGAGCCAGACACUGAGUUCAACAUCAAGAUCCAUGACAUUAAUGACAACGCGCCCAAGUUUGAGCAGGACAUCUACUUCGCCAGAGUGCCGGAGAUGUCUGACGUCGGCACUAUUAAGACAGCACUACCGGGCAUGGAUCGGGAGGUCAAGGAGAACUACCAGGUGGUGAUCCAGGCCAAGGACAUGGCCGGACAGAUGGGGGGUCUCUCGGGAACUACUACGGUCAACAUUACCCUCACUGAUGUCAAUGACAGCCCGCCGCGCUUCGCCAACCACAUCUUCCGCAUCACCGCCUUGGAGUCGGCGGAGAUCGGCGCCGCCAUCGGCCGGAUUAAAGCCGACGACCCGGACGUCGACCGCAACGCCGAGAUGGAAUACAGCGUGGUCGGAGAUAGCGACAACUUCAACAUCGUCACGGACAAGACUACGCAGGAGGGCAUCGUCAUCAUCAAACGGGCGCUCGAUUACGAAACCAAACGGGACUAUGAGUUCAGGGUGGAAGUGAGAAACACCUACCUCGAUGCAAGGUACAUCCAGGGUCUGUACUUCACGGACUUUGCCACCGUCAAGGUCACGGUAGAGGACGUGGACGAGCCCCCCGUUUUCACUCAAAACCGUUACUUCAUUGAGGUGCACGAGGACACGGCCGCCGGUAGCUUCGUGGGGGUGGUGUCGGCGCAGGACCCUGAUUGCGAAAACAAGAUGGUCAAAUACGCCAUUGAUCGUCACACCGACCUCGAGAGAAUCUUCAACAUUGAUUCUUAUAAUGGCACCAUUACAACCAGAAAAGCUCUGGACAGAGAAAUGUCCAAAUGGCACAAUAUCUCAGUGACGGCAACGGACAUGAACAACCCACAUCAUGUUGCCAGAGUGGCAGUUUUCAUCAAAGUGCUGGACGUGAAUGACAACGCUCCCGAGUUUGCUAUGUCCUACGAUACGUUUGUCUGCGAGAAUGUCAAAGCCGGACAGUUAAUUCAAACAAUCAGUGCCGUGGAUACAGACGAGCCACUGGUUGGACACAAGUUUCUUUUUAGCAUAAAAGCAGAGAAUCCAAACUUCACCAUUAAUGACCAGGAAGAUAACACCGCCAAUAUCCUGACACGGCGGGGAGGCUUCAGCCGGCGCGAGAUGAGUGUCUAUUUUCUGCCUGUGGUUAUUUCAGACAGCGACUACCCCGUCCAGAGCAGCACCAGCACACUAAUCGUGCGCGUUUGUGCUUGCGACAGCCGUGGCAACAUGCAAUCGUGCAACCCUGAGGUCCUGCCCUUCUCCGACGGGCUCACUACUGGCGCCCUGGUGGCCAUAUUGCUCUGCGUCAUCAUUCUGCUCAUGAUUGUGGUUCUGUUCGCGGCCCUAAAGAAGCAACGAAAGAAAGAGCCUCUCAUCAUCUCCAAAGACGACGUUCGAGAUAACGUGGUCAGCUACAACGACGAGGGCGGCGGUGAGGAAGACACUCAAGCCUUCGACAUCGGCACGCUACGCAACCCGGAGGUGAUGGACGCCAACAAGUUGCGCAGGGACAUCAUCCCCGAAAUGCUCUUUUCCUUUCGGAGGACAUCCCCGAUAAAGGAUAACACGAACGUCAGAGACUUCAUCAACGGGAGGCUUCAAGAAAACGAUUCCGACCCCACCGCGCCCCCUUAUGACUCGCUGGCGACGUACGCGUACGAAGGCAGCGGCUCGCUGGCGGAAUCGCUCAGUUCGCUGGAGUCCGCCGCCACCGAAGGGGAUCAGGAGUAUGAUUACCUCAGCAGCUGGGGACCGCCGUUCAAGAAGCUGGCGGAAAUGUACAUCGGGAGAAGCCCGGAUCGGGAGACCUAG